CUUUCUUUUCCCUCUCUAGUCCAAUCCCUCAGAUUCGCGUUUUUCUUCGCUCUUUCCGUACCGCGAAUCGAUUCCGAUGAACGAAUCGGAAGAAGAUCAGCGACCACCGCCGGCAGCGGCGGCCGAGACGGAGGCGUCGCCGGGAAAGAAGAAGAAGUUGGAGAAGAUCGCGUUCUACCGAUUGUUCGCGUUCGCAGACAGGCUGGACGCGGCGUUGAUGGCGGUCGGGAUUCUCGGCGGAAUGGGGAACGGAAUUUCGCAGCCGCUCAUGACGAUCAUAUUCGGGGACCUGAUCAAUGCGUUCGGCCAGUCCAAUCAAGCCGACCUCAUCUCCGAAGUUCGCAAGGCUGCGCUAAAGAUGGUCUACUUGGGUAUUGCCACAGGCAUAGCCGCAUUUCUCCAGGUCUCAUGUUGGAUGGUGACCGGAGAAAGACAAUCUGCACGAAUACGAAGUUUGUAUCUAAAGGCAAUUCUGAGGCAGGAUAUUGGAUACUUCGAUACUGAAACCAACACCGGAGAAGUGAUCGGAAGGAUGUCUGGUGACACCGUCACUAUUCAAGAUGCUAUGGGCGAAAAGGUAGGGAAGUUCACACAACAGAUGUCCCAAUUCAUAAGCGCCUUCAUUGUUGCUUUCACCAAGGGGUGGCUUCUCACGUUGUUUCUGCUUCUCACCUUACCUGUACUCGCCGGUGUUGCCGCAGUCGUCUACGUCUUCGUCUCCAAGUCGGCAAGCCGUGGGCAAGUGGCCUACGCCGAAGCUGGAAAUGUAGUCGAGCAGACCAUCGGAGCCAUCCGAACGGUGGUCUCAUUCACGGGGGAGAAGAUUGCAAUUGAAAGAUACAAUGACAAACUCAAAGUCGCUUACGAAGCCACCAUGUUCCAAAGCAUAGUCUCCGGAGCUGGGUUCGGAUCAAUGCUGUUUGUCAUCUUCUCCUCCUAUGGACUCGCCAUCUGGGUAGGUGCCAGACUCAUCAUUGACAGAGGCUACAAUGGUGGACAGAUUAUCAACGUCAUCUUUUCAGUUCUCACUGGUGCACUGGUUUUGGGACAGACUUCUCCGUCCCUGAACGCUUUUGCAGCAGGGCAGGCGGCUGCUUACAAGAUGUUCGAGACGAUCAAAAGGGUGCCCAAAAUCGAUCCAUACGAUGGCAGUGGGAAGGAAUUGGAAGAUUUGAAGGGAGACAUUGAGCUCAGAGACGUGCAUUUCAGGUAUCCAGCAAGGCCUGACGUCCAAAUCUUCCAAGGGUUCUCCCUAGACAUACCAAAUGGUGCCACAGUUGCUUUGGUGGGUCAGAGUGGGAGCGGUAAGUCCACCAUCAUAAGCCUAAUCGAGAGAUUCUACGACCCAGAUUCCGGGGAAGUACUAAUCGACGGAGUAAACCUGAAGGAACUAAAGGUGAGUUGGGUACGGAAGCAGAUUGGGCUGGUGAGCCAGGAGCCGAUUCUGUUUGCUACAAGCAUUCGGGAGAACAUUGCGUAUGGGAAAGAAAAUGCCACGGAAGAGGAGAUUAGAACGGCGAUCGAGCUCGCCAAUGCUGCCAAGUUCAUCAAUACUAUGCCACAGGGGCUUCUGACGAUGGUAGGCGAGCAUGGAACUCAGUUAUCAGGUGGGCAGAAACAGAGGAUUGCUAUUGCCAGGGCUAUACUGAAAAACCCCAAGAUUCUUCUACUUGAUGAAGCGACAAGCGCUUUGGAUUCCGAGUCUGAGCGCAUUGUUCAAGUUGCAUUGGAGAGAGCCAUGUCAAAUAGAACCACUGUUGUGGUUGCUCAUCGCCUCACGACCAUCAGGAAUGCUGACGCUAUUGCAGUCGUCCACAGGGGAAAGAUUGUUGAGAAAGGGAGCCAUGAUGAGUUGAUAAGGGAUCCUGAGGGCGGUUACUCUCAGCUGAUCCGGCUGCAGGAAGGAUCUAAGAAACCUGAAGAAGAAGCUCAAUCCUCAGGCGAAAGUAUACCGGAAAGAGAAGUCGCGGCUUUCAGGUCUGGGAGUGGUAGACGAUCGAUUUCCAGAUCCUUCAGCAGAGAUUCAUCAGAGAGCAGGCACUCCUUCUCCAUAUCAGCUAUAGCACUGGGGGUUCUGCCGCGGCCCAUUGAAAUCGAGGAGACUGUUCCUGACGAAGAACAGAGGACUACUCCUGAAGAUGAUGUUGAAGAUGGAAACAAGAAAAAGGAAAAGGAAGUCCCUCUUAGAAGGCUUGCAUCGCUCAACAAGCCUGAAAUCUCUGUUCUUUUGAUUGGAAGCAUCGCUGCAGCUGUUCACGGUGUGCUUUUCCCCGUAUUUGGGCUUCUGCUCUCCAAGGCCAUCAAGAUGUUCUUUGAGCCUCCUCACCAGCUUAAAAAUGAUUCCAGAUUCUGGGCGUUGAUGUAUGUUACGAUUGGUGCCAUGAACUUCAUAGCAUUGCCGACUCAGUAUUACUUCUUCGCAAUGGCUGGUGGCAAGUUGAUAGAACGGAUUCGUUCCAAAACUUUCGAAAGAGUUGUUCACCAGGAAAUCAGCUGGUUCGACGAUCCUGCAAACUCCAGUGGCGCAGUUGGCUCAAGGUUAUCAACAGAUGCUGCUGCCGUUCGCAGCCUCGUGGGAGAUGCUCUUGGCUUACUAGUACAGAACGCCUCAACAAUCGUAGCAGCCUUGAUUAUAGCAUUCUCCGCCAACUGGAUUCUGGCAUUGAUAGUGAUCGCUUGUUCACCAUUGAUGAUCAUCCAAGGUUUAGCACAGGCCAGGUUCAUGAAGGGUUUUAGCAAAGAUGGAAAGAAAAUGUACGAGGAAGCAAGUCAAGUGGCAAACGAUGCCGUCGGAGGGAUCAGAACAGUGGCCUCCUUCUGUGCAGAGAAUAAGGUGAUGGAUUUGUACCGAGAGAAAUGCAAGAGCCCCAUCGACAACGCUGUACGCGCUGGGGUUACGAGCGGCUGCGGGUUCGGAUUCUCGUUCUUGAUGCUGAAUUGCAUCAACGCACUCAUUUUCUACCUAGGAGCAGUCCUCGUCAAGAAAGAUAAGGCCACUUUCCAGGACGUUUUCAGGGUUUUCUUUGCCCUGACGAUUGCUGCAGUUGGGAUUUCACAAUCCAGUGGCAUGGCUCCUGACUCCAGAAAGGCUAAGGAUUCCACAGCCUCAAUAUUCUCGAUUCUGGACAGGAAGUCCAAGAUUGAUUCCAGUGUAGACGAAGGAACCACUCUGCCGAAUGUGACUGGAGAAAUCCAGCUUCAAAAUGUCAGCUUCCACUACCCAAUGAGACCGAACGUCCAGAUCUUCAAGGACUUGUGCCUCACCAUCCCUUCUGGAAAGACGGUGGCUCUAGUCGGAGAAAGCGGGAGCGGGAAAUCAACAGUAAUCAGCUUAAUAGAGAGAUUCUACGACCCCGAUUCAGGCACCGUGUUGUUGGACAACGUCGACCUGAAGCAGCUGAAGCUGACAUGGCUGAGACAGCAGAUGGGUCUAGUCGGACAGGAGCCCAUUCUCUUCAACGACACCAUCCGAGCAAACAUAGCCUACGGGAACCACGAGGGGGCCAGCGAGGAAGAGAUCGUGGCGGCGGCCCAGGCUGCCAACGCCAGUACCUUCAUCAGCUCGCUGCCGCACGGCUACGACACCAACGUCGGGGAGCGUGGGACGCAGCUGUCCGGCGGGCAGAAACAGAGGAUUGCGAUAGCUCGGGCGGUGCUGAAGAACCCGAGGGUGCUUCUGCUGGACGAGGCGACGAGCGCCCUGGACGCUGAGUCGGAGCGCGUCGUGCAGGACGCGUUGGACAAUGUGAUGGUGGACAGGACGACGGUGGUGGUGGCUCACCGGCUGGCGACGAUAAAGAAUGCGGAUGUGAUAGCGGUGGUGAAGAAUGGGGUGAUUGUGGAGAAAGGGAGGCAUGAGGAGUUGAUGAAGAUAAAUGGCGGGGCUUAUGCGUCCUUGGUUGCGUUGCACAUGACGGCCGAGUAGGUUAGCAACGCUAAAUGGGUGAGGCGAUGAUGUAGGUAAAGCUUUUGGUUAGGUUGGGUUAGGAGUUUCUCAAUUUCUGAAUGGAUAUAGGUAGAUGAAGGAAUUAGAUCAUUGAUUGUUGGAUUUAGCCUAGACUUGGGAAGGGCUUUUCGUCGGAUAUAUCAUAUGCUAUGCCCUGUAGAAUUCAAUACCAUAGAGGAAAAUGAAAUAAAAAUAUGC